AGCUUCGUUUUAACUCGAAAAUGGAUUCAGAGAGACUUAAACUGACUUAAAGAUGGGGGCAGAUAAUAGCCAAAGGAGGUUGCCAAGGUAGUGACGACGCACUGGGAGAGGAGAAGCAGUGUGAUAGUAGCUUCAGAGAGAAGGUGACAGAGCUCCCAACUGCAACAAUAGUCAGUCUAAGAGCAGAGAGAAAUGACAGAACACACAUAGCUGCAUGCAGAUUUCUGGACUGAUGAUGGACUUAUAGCUUUGACUUGAUGAAGACGCUUCCAUAUUCUGGACGUGACAGCAAGCAGCUACCUCAUGGAGAAAUAUGAAAAACUGGCCAAAAUCGGUGAAGGCUCCUACGGUGUGGUGUUCAAAUGCAGACACAGAGACUCCGGCCAGAUAGUCGCCAUCAAGAAGUUUGUGGAAUCUGAAGAUGACCCGGUCAUUAAGAAAAUUGCAUUGCGAGAAAUACGCAUGCUGAAGCUAAAACAUGUGAAUCUGGUGAACCUGCUGGAGGUGUUCAGGAGGAAAAGACGGCUUCACUUGGUGUUUGAGUUCUGCGAGCAGACGGUCCUGAAUGAAUUGGACAAACACCCUCGAGGGGUACCUGAGGCUCAGCUGAAAAGUAUAGUGUGGCAAACUCUGCAGGCUGUUAACUUCUGCCACAAGCAUAACUGCAUCCACCGUGAUGUAAAGCCAGAGAACAUCCUCCUCACCAAAACCGGAGUCAUCAAGCUCUGUGACUUUGGCUUCGCCCGCAUCCUGACGGGACCAGAGGACGACUACACCGACUACGUAGCGACCCGCUGGUACCGGGCCCCUGAGCUGCUGGUCGGGGACACCCAGUACGGACCUCCUGUGGAUGUUUGGGCUCUGGGCUGCGUGUUUGCUGAGCUGCUCCACGGAAAUCCACUCUGGCCCGGGAAGUCUGACGUCGACCAGCUCUACCUCAUCCGAAAAACUCUUGGUGACCUGAUCCCUCACCACCAGCAGGUCUUCCGCUCCAACGUUUUCUUCAGUGGAGUCAGUAUUCCUGAACCAGACACAACGGAGCCCUUAGAAAAGCGCUUCCACGGCGUGUCUCCUCAUGCCCUUCAGGUUAUGAAGUCUUGCCUGGUAAUGGAUCCUUCUCUACGACUGUCCUGUGAAGAGCUGCUGGAGCUUUCUUACUUCCAGGAGGAAGCAGCCAACUGGGGCCGGGAGGGUGAACGUCCAGGAAGACGUCAUGACAGAGGCUCCCGACGCAGACAGGCAGGGGCUCAGUAUCUGCCUCAGUUACCAAACAGCAACAUCUCACCAGCACCAGACGUCAAGAAACAAGUAAAGCAUAAAUACCACCUGCCCAACAUUUAACAAAUACAGCAAAUCUAACUGUAAAAUUGUGGCUGAGAAAUGUGAAUGACUGACUUUUGUGGAUCGUUUGAAUACAUUCCAAUUUGAAAACACAUGAAUGAAAAAGAUUUAAAUUCUGGGGUUUUCACUUUUACAGAAAGUUUUGCUCCAUAUUCUUUACACAAUAAGCAACAGUUUGGGUCCGGGGUUAUGCAACGCACAUACAGUAAUGUAACCAAAGAAAGCUCAAUCCAUAGUAGAGUCAGUGCUGAAGACAACUUGCAUUAGAGGAGUACUAUUUUUACACUUCCGUAAAAUGAUAAAAAGGAUCUCAUAGUCACCAGUGUGCCAUCGUCACUUGGACUGAAGUACUAUAGUUUUCUCAUUCAUUUCCAUACAGGUUGAAUCCGACUGUAUAACAUUUUCUAUUCAAAAAGAUAUUCAAUGAAACAUGAUCAGUAGUUUUUAUUUUCGGAUAUAUAACAAAUAUAAGUGUAAUACAUGCAUUUAGCCUUAGAUUCAGUAAACACAUUGUAAAUAUUGUAUUAUAAACCAAAAUUAUACAGUACAGUAUAUAAUGCUGUAUAUCUGACGUUUGACCUACUGACUCAGUCUUACUAAGGUUUAACAAAACCUGCCCUGACAGCUGAUACUUUAAGUAAUUUGAUGGGUUCUGAACAUACUGGAGCCACAGUUUUGACAGUGAUCUGUAAAGUCUGACAUGAUGGACAUCGACUCGGACACAAGACAGCGACCCACUGGAACAUACAUCAACACAGUGACAACCUGACACACUGCUUGACCGAUCACCUGACCUCGAACUUACCAAAAGAACUCUUUGUUAUACAUCGCUGUGCUGUAAACCAGCAGGUUUUUCUCUGGUUUGAAGGGGCCCACGACUGGUCAAAAGAUGAUUGAUGGAAUUUGAAUGCGACAUUCAGUAUUUCUUGUUUAUCAAUAAAAUAAAUGCAGAUGCAAUUCUU